UAUAUUAGCUCUAUAAUAUCAUGGAUUCCGAUUUAUACGAUGAGUUUGGCAACUACAUUGGCCCCGAUCUGGAUAGCGACGAGGAUGAUGACCAGAGUAUAUAUGGGCAGCCCGAUGUGCAGGAUGACCAAGAUGACGCCAUGGACGAAGAUGAAGCGGAACCACCAGAAGAUGAGGACAAGGAGGUAACAGCGGUUGUGCUGCACGAGGAUAAACGCUAUUAUCCUUCGGCCGUGGAGGUGUACGGUCCUGAUGUGGAGACCAUAGUGCAGGAGGAGGAUGCUCAGCCACUGGACAAGCCACUUAUUGAGCCGAUAAAGAAGCUCAAGUUCCAAAUCAAGGAGCAGGAACAUCAGGACACCACCUAUGACAUGGAAUUCAUGGCCGACCUGAUGGACACGCCGCCGCUCAUUCGAAACGUGGCACUCGUUGGGCACCUGCAUCACGGCAAGACGACUUUCGUUGAUUGCCUGAUUCGGCAAACGCAUCCCCAGUUCGAGAAUAUGGAGGAGCGCUCCUUGCGCUACACAGACACGCUCUUCACCGAACAGGAACGCGGAUGCAGUAUUAAGGCCACGCCAGUCACCCUCGUCCUGCAGGAUGUCAAGCAGAAGAGCUACUUGCUCAAUAUUUUCGACACCCCCGGCCAUGUUAAUUUCUCCGAUGAGACCACCGCUGCCAUGCGCAUGAGCGACGGCGUUGUUCUGUUUAUCGAUGCUGCGGAGGGUGUUAUGCUGAACACUGAACGCCUGCUUAAGCAUGCCGUUCAGGAGCGGCAGUCCAUUACUGUGUGCAUCAACAAGAUUGAUCGUCUCAUACUGGAGCUUAAGUUGCCGCCUCAGGAUGCGUACUUUAAGCUGAAGCACAUUGUAGAGGAGGUCAAUGGGCUACUCAGCACAUACGGCAAUGCAGAUGACCAACUGUUGGUGUCGCCCAUUUUGGGCAAUGUUUGCUUUGCCAGUUCGCUGUAUGGCUUCUGCUUCACCUUGAAAUCGUUUGCCAAACUCUAUGCGGACACAUAUGAGGGUGUGAACUACAUUGACUUUGCCAAACGACUCUGGGGCGAUAUGUACUUCAAUAGCAAAACCCGAAAGUUUUCCAAGAAACAGCCGCAUAGCUCUGCGCAGCGCAGUUUCGUGGAGUUCAUACUGGAGCCCAUGUACAAGCUGAUUGCACAGGUUGUGGGUGAUGUGGAUAGCACGCUGUCGGACACUCUCGCCGAGCUGAAUGUACGCGUGUCCAAGGAGGAAAUGAAAUCGAAUAUACGGCCCCUGCUGCGACUCGUCUGCAAUCGUUUCAUGGGCGACUGCAGCGGCUUCGUGGACAUGUGCGUGGAGCAUAUCAAAUCCCCACAGGAGAAUGCCAAGCGGAAGGUGGAUCACAUUUAUACGGGGCCAAAAGAGGGGGACAUCUAUCGCGACAUGAUUACCUGCAAUCAGUAUGGCACCCUGAUGGUUCACAGCUCGAAGAUGUAUCCGAACGAUGACUGCACCUUCUUCCAGGUGCUGGCACGAAUUGUUUCCGGCACCCUGCAUGCCGGCCAGGAGGUGCGUGUGCUGGGCGAAAACUACACGCUUCAGGAUGAAGAGGAUUCACGGAUACUGCAAGUGGGUCGACUCUGGGUGUUUGAGGCUCGCUAUAAGGUCGAGCUAAAUCGCGUCCCAUCCGGAAAUUGGGUGCUCAUUGAGGGCAUCGAUCAGUGUAUCGUGAAAACCUCUACUAUUGUGGACAUCAAUGUGCCCGAGGAUCUCUACAUAUUCCGACCGCUCAAGUUCAACACGCAGAGCAUUAUAAAGAUUGCCGUUGAGCCGGUUAAUCCCUCGGAGCUGCCCAAAAUGCUGGACGGUUUGCGCAAGGUGAACAAAUCCUAUCCGCUGCUCUCGACCCGCGUAGAGGAGUCGGGUGAGCAUGUUAUCCUGGGCACUGGCGAGUUGUAUUUGGACUGCGUCAUGCAUGAUCUGCGCAAAAUGUACUCGGAGAUUGACAUAAAGGUGGCCGAUCCUGUGGUUGCCUUCUGUGAGACUGUCGUGGAGACCAGCUCCCUGAAGUGUUUCGCCGAGACGCCGAACAAAAAGAACAAGCUAACCAUGAUAUCGGAGCCCCUGGAGAAGGGCCUGGCCGAGGACAUUGAGAAUGGAACCGUUUGCAUCAGUUGGAACAAGAAACGCAUCGGAGAGUUCUUUCAGGUCAAUUACGACUGGGAUUUGUUGGCCGCGCGUUCCAUCUGGGCCUUUGGCCCCGAUUCAACCGGUCCCAAUAUUCUUGUGGACGAUACCCUGCCCUCGGAGGUGGACAAGAAUCUGCUGACCGCUGUGAAGGACUCCAUUGUGCAGGGCUUCCAAUGGGGAACGCGCGAGGGUCCGCUCUGCGAGGAGCCCAUACGAAAUGUAAAAUUCAAGAUACUUGACGGUGUCAUCGCCAAUGAGGCACUUCAUCGCGGUGGCGGCCAAAUCAUUCCCACAGCUCGUCGUGUGUCCUACUCGGCGUUCCUCAUGGCCACGCCACGUCUGAUGGAGCCGUACCUCUUCGUUGAGGUCCAGGCGCCCGCAGAUUGUGUGUCUGCGGUGUACACUGUAUUGGCCAGGCGCAGAGGUCAUGUGACACAGGAUGCCCCCGUUUCCGGUUCGCCCAUCUAUACGAUCAAAGCCUUUAUACCCGCCAUCGAUUCGUUUGGCUUUGAGACGGAUCUGCGAACGCAUACCCAGGGUCAGGCAUUCUGUUUGUCGGUAUUCCAUCACUGGCAAAUUGUGCCGGGUGAUCCACUGGACAAGAGCAUCAUCAUACGACCGCUGGAGCCACAGCAAGCAUCGCAUUUGGCACGUGAAUUCAUGAUCAAGACACGACGCCGCAAGGGCCUCUCCGAGGAUGUGUCCAUUAACAAGUUCUUUGACGAUCCCAUGCUGCUGGAAUUGGCCCGACAGGAUGUGCUUGUCAACUAUCCGCUGUAGUAACACGAAUGAGCUAAUAAAAAAACUUUUAGACCUAGUUUCUGGAAA